AUGGAUUGUGCUCGUAAUGUUCGGAUAGGAGAAAGUGUAUCGAUAGGUUACAAUACCGGUGUCACGAUGACUGCGAAUGCCACUCCUGGAGUCGUUACGGACAACACUCCGAACGCCUUCAGUUUUCCAUCACAGUCCAGUCAAAUGCCAUAUUUUAAUUUUCCUCCAAAUUACACUCCAGCUAGCGACUUUUCAAGCUGGGCGAAUGCACAAUCGACAGCCGGCUGGUACCAACCCGAUCCACGAUUCGCAAUAAAUCGUUUCGGUGGCCCAAAUUUGGGACUAAACAUCGCUGCAUCGCAAGGGCUUGUGAAUUCGAUGAGCAGAAGGAAGCGACGGGUGCUGUUCACUCAACAACAGGUUAACGAAUUAGAGCGACAAUUCCGCCACAAGAAAUAUCUUAGUGCCCAGGAUCGCGAGAUCCUCGCCAAGAAUAUCGGGCUCUCGCCCACUCAGGUUAAAAUCUGGUUUCAAAAUCAACGUUACAAGCAUAAGAGACAGGAUAAGGAGCGAGCGAUGAGUAAAGGAGGCCGAGAAAACAGCGAAUCACCCGGAAGCCAUGAGGAUAGCGAUGGCGAGACUAUGGUUACAGAUAUCAAACCAGAAAAAAUCGACGGUGAAGAGAAAGCGUCCGCGUUUCCCUCUCCGGCAGCUGUCAACGAUACGUCCUGUCUUCCGGACAUCAAUAAUCCGAUUUAUCAGCAGGCGAUGUACCAACAACACGCCUACAUCCCGCAGGGCAUCACAUUCCCGUUCGCUCAGGGCUACCCAACUACUGGUCAAUAUCCCUAUUCACAAUAUCGAUUGUAA